AUGGACCCGACCAACCUUCCCAAGCGCAGCACGCCGCACUGGGCGCUCUACCAACGAGAAUGCUUCGAGCGCGGUACGAAGGACAACCAGCUGCCGCCCUUCAACACGCAUCCCGAGGAGCUCGAGCGUCUCGCACGCGAACGGCUCACCGCCGGCGGCUGGUCCUAUGCCUCGUGCAACGCCGGUCUGGGCACUACGCACGUUCGCAACCGUACCGCCUUUGAUACAUACAACAUCAUCCCACGAAUGCUCGUUGACACGACACACCGGGACACCACCACCACCUUGUUCGGCAAAACCCUCGCCGCACCCAUCUGCUUCUCGCCCGUAGGGAUUAAUAAGAUCUACCACCCAGAGGGCGAGAUCGCCGUAGCCAAGGUGGCAGGUGAACUUGGGCUACCGUAUACGCUGUCCACUGCGGGGAGUGUUGCCAUCGAAGAUGCGGGGGCGGCGAACCGUCAAGGAGCCGAAUCGGGAUUGAAGGAAGGUAAAGGUGCUCAGCAUCCCGACGGUCUACGAUGGUUCCAACUCUAUCUGCCGCAUCAAGAUGAUCUUGCCGUAUCGCUGCUUCAACGCGCCUGGGACAGUGGGUUCGACGUAUGCAUGUUGACCCUGGACACGUGGCAACUGGGAUGGCGCCACCUCGACGUCUCGCUUGGUAACUACGGGUUUUAUAAGGGGGUGGGAAACGAUAUGGGUCUCAGCGACCCAGUGUUCAACAAAAUCCUGCAGGAACGGGGGAUCGAUGCGAAGAAGGAUAUCAAGGCGGCGGGGAGGACGUGGAUCGACCAGAUCUGGCACGGUAAAGCCUUCAGCUGGGACAAAAUGCCUUGGGUCAUCGAAACCUGGAAGCGCAUUUCAGGAGGCAAACCGUUUUUGCUCAAGGGGAUCUUGUCGGCGGAAGACGCGAUCAAGGCGAGGGAGGUCGGGUGCGAUGGGAUCGUCGUGACUACGCAUGCGGGUCGUCAGGUCGAUGGGAGUAUUUCGAGUUUGGAAGCGCUACCCGAGAUCGUCGCUGCUGUGGGCAAGGACAUGGAGAUCCUGUUCGAUUCCGGCGUGAGAGGCGCCAGCGACGCAUUCAAGGCCCUAGCGCUGGGAGCCAAGGCGGUGAUGGUGGGUAGAUUGUGGAUCUACGGACUGUCGAUUCAGGGCGAGGAGGGGGUGCGGCACGUGAUGAGGAGUCUGCUCGCCGAGUUUGAUAUCUUGAUGAACGUAGCUGGGUUCAGGAAUGUUGGGGAGAUCAACGAGACGGCGAUCCGAAAGGCUGGGUGGGUGCUGCCGUCGAGGGACGACGCAAAGCUGUGA